CCAUUCUCGACCGUUACGGACAGCCACUCUUAAUUUUGUUUUCAAAAGGUUUUCGUGUGUCAUUUCCGUGUACUGGAAAGAAGGCAGGCGUUGUUCUUCUUUUCAUCAACAUCGCAUUCAGUGACAAGACGGGUCGAAAUUUGUGGGGACCACUAAGCUUAGCACUCCGACGGCGAUGCACGGCUCGUCCAAAUCCUAAUUAUUCGUCACAAAGUACAUCAGCAACAACUCAGGUAGUACCAAACACGUGCAAUAAAAGAUGCUCCAAAGACUACAUCAUGAAAAGAUUCUGCCUCAGUGAUUACGUUAUAAGAGCAAAGGUCGAGUCUGAGGUACGGAAAAAUGGUCGUCUUCAACUGCGUGUUCGAGUGACCAAGAAGUACAAAAAAGGUAUCGUCAAGAUCACUAGACGACAGCUUUUGGAACUGCGAGGACGAGAAUUAACCUGUGACUGUAGUCCAGUUAUUCUAAAGAGGCACUACCUUUUGCUCGGUAAAGAAGACAAGAAAAAACGGGUACUCUAUGUUGACAAUCUAUUGAUUGCACUUGAUUGGGAAACCAGUGGAAAGAAGAUGCUGCGCAUGCACAGGAAAAGGCGGUACCGCUGUCCUAAAAGAAUCGCAGCGACAGGAACUUGAACCGUAACAGAUAUCAGAUGUUUAUUUCCUUGUGCUAGCUUUGUGCUAGCUUUAACAAUUAGGCGUCCCGCGCGCUAUAAACAAUAGCACGUGGUCAUCCAUUCAUGCAGAGCAUUAUAAAACUGAUUAUUCGUCAUGUUUUAUUAGCCAUAUUAAUUGUGUUAAGUUAAGAGUAGGAUAAAACGAGUAAUAGUUGGACUUGUUUAUGAGCAGGUUAUAAGCAGUGGUAGGAUGAUGUUGUUCGUGAAAAACAUUUUGACCACAGGAAGCCCAAUUCAGAUCCAAUUCUGUCUAUUUCAUUAUUAACGAUAGCUAGAAUCGAUUCGUUUUUUUUUGUUGUUGUUGUUGUUGUUGUUGUUGUUGUUGUUGUUUUUUUGUUUUUUUGUUUUGUUUUGUUUUUUUGUUUUGUUUUUUGUUUUCAAGACAAAAGCAAAUGACGAAACUCAAUUUAGCAGAAUGGAUAACUUAAAGCAUUUAAUUUUGUUAUCACGUUAAUUAAUUAGACGCAAUUCUCUAAUAAUCACGUAUUUUUAUAUGUCAGUUUAUAUAUUUCGAAGUCAUACGACAGGACCAAGUCGGGCUGUUGAAAAUGAUUUACACACUCCACGGAGUACGUCCAAUGCGGCUGUGAACGCGUGUGGGAGGCUACUUAGCGCAAUGGAAGCGCAACAAUUACAUGACGCGAAGCCAUUUGUUAGCCAGAACCGAUUAGUAAAUACUUGACUUCAUUUUUAUAAUAAAACUAUACCGUUUAUCACGCGCAGCAUCUAUGAGCGUUGGUCCAUGGACCUUUAUCACUCGGCGGCCAUGUUUAUUCUCAUGAGGAUAAAAAUCUUUGUUUCACCCGCAUUCUCAAGCACUUGAAUGCGAGACCAUGAUUGGUGGAAUAUAUUGUUUAAACCAACAUGGCUGCCGUAUCAUGGCUAAUUGACUAAUAAUUAAUAACGCGCAGUAUGUCGUAACUACGAUUAGAAAUUUUCAUUAUUAUCUUUACCUUUCAAUUACUUAGUCAAGACAAUUAAAUAAACGGAACAGAUUAAUCUAAA